AUGACUUCCUUGUUUGCACAAGAAAUUCGCCUUUCUGAAAGACAUGAAGAAAUAGUGUCACAAAGAUUAAUGUUACUUCAACAAAUGGACAAUAGAUUCGGAGAUCAAAACCUAGACAAGGCAUCUCAGAUGCAAGCAGCUGAGACUGCUUAUAAAAGGAAUGUUAAUAUUUUAAAUGAUAUAGAAGCAGCAGAAAAGUCUCUACAACCCAGGAUUCAUCCACUUUCACAGCCUGAGGUGGUUUCUCUCAAGACUCGUUACUGGGCAUCAGUAGAAGAAUAUAUUCCCAAAUGGGAACAAUUUCUUUUAGGAAAAGCACCAUAUCCUAUUGGUUUUGAAAAUCAAAAUGAAGCGGAAAAUCCCAUUUAA